AUUUCACAACAACCAAAUCACUUAACGCCGAAGCUUUCUCUCUCAAGUCAUCGUCACACCUCAUCAUCACGCGUUGAAUCCAUCUGGCUAGAAUUCAAGAUCCGAACUUCGCUGCAGAUUCCUCUACGGGCCCACCACGAAUUCGUAUCUUCAUCUUUCCCGGUUGUUGAUUUGGAGAUAGGAAUGGCGAGUGAGCAUCUUGAUAAAGAUGAAUUCAUCAAGAAGUUUCAUAUCCCGAGCUCUCUACUUGAGCAAGGCACGGAGGUGCAAUGCCUAGAUUCUAAGCCUGAGCACCCUGUUCUCGUGUUUAUCAACUCGAAAAGUGGUGGUCAGCUUGGAGGAGAGCUUCUUGUCACGUAUAGGUCUAUACUAAACAAAGAACAGGUUAUUGAUUUAGGAGAAGAAACUCCUGAUAGUGUGCUUCGCAAGGUUUAUAUCAAUCUGGAAAGGCUGAAGAAUCAUGGCGAUGAAAAUGCUUCCGAGUUUGAGAAGAAUUUGAAGAUAAUUGUAGCUGGUGGAGAUGGUACAGCCGGAUGGCUUCUUGGGGUGGUUUCUGAUCUCAAAUUAUCUCAGCCGCCACCAAUCGCUACUAUGCCUUUGGGAACAGGAAACAAUCUGCCAUUUGCAUUUGGCUGGGGCAAGAGAAAUCCUGGAACUGAUCGUAGCUCCGUGCUGUCAUUCAUGGAUCAAGUACGGAAAGCAAAAGAAAUGAAGAUAGACAGUUGGCACAUUCUUAUGCGAAUGAAAGCAAAACAAGCUUGUGAUCCGGUUGCUCCUCUGGAGUUGCCACACUCGUUGCAUGCAUUUCAUCGGGUUUCUCCAACAGAUGAUCUCAAUGUGGAAGGUUGUGAUACAUAUCGUGGAGGAUUCUGGAACUAUUUUAGCAUGGGUAUGGAUGCUCAGGUUUCUUAUGCAUUCCACACCGAGCGCAAGCUGAAUCCAGAAAAAUUCAAAAACCAGCUUGUUAAUCAAAGUACAUAUGCGAAGCUUGGAUGCUCGCAAGGAUGGUUUUUGCCUUCUCACUUCAACCAUGCUGCAAGCAUUGCUCAACUUUCUAAGGUUAAGAUCAAGAAAAAGCAUACUGAUGAUUGGCAAGACCUCGAAAUUCCCAACAGUGUCAGAUCAAUUGUAUGCCUUAAUUUGCCCAGCUUUUCUGGAGGACUAAAUCCUUGGGGAACUCCGAGUAGUCAUAAACGUCGUGAUAGAGACUUAACCCCGCCUUACGUAGAUGAUGGCCUCCUUGAGAUUGUUGGUUUCAGAAACGCUUGGCACGGGCUUGUUUUGCUCGCUCCAAAUGGGCAUGGGACGCGUCUUGCGCAGGCACAACGCAUCAGAUUCGAGUUUCACAAAGGCUCCGCGAAAGAGACGUACAUGAGAGUCGAUGGGGAACCGUGGAAGCAACCUCUCCCAGAGAACGAUGAGACCGUUGUGAUAGAAAUCUCUCAUCUUGGCCAAGUGAAGAUGCUUGCUACCCAUGAUUGUAGAGCCAUGAGUGCUCUCGACCCCUCGACUCCGGUUGCUCUCGACGUCGAUGAAAAGGAUAGUGAUGAGGAGGUUGAAGAAGAAUGGAGGAAGUUUGGUGCAGCAGACACUUUCAGAAUUCCAGAAGGGGUUGAUUUAUCCCACCUCAGUUGAUAGUUAAAAAGCUUGCUAGUCUGAUUUAUUUGGUUGUUUGUUUCUUUCAAGGUGAAGAAUAAGCUCAAGAUUGGUGUUUUUUUCUUCUUUUUCUUCAUUCUUUUUUUCGUUUUAAAAAUAUAUUUGUUGGGGAAAUUAGUUUGAAGCUUUGUACAUUAGAGUAGGAAAAACAGUGGCCGGUUAGUUAAGUUAGUUAGGUUUGAUUGCAAAAAAAUAUUUUUAUUGGGAAUAUUAUUGUUCAAUACUGAUUUUACCUAGUCAAGAUUUUAAUUUU